CAAGUGUCUUUUUUUCAAAAUAGAUGAAAGGAAACUGACAUGAAUGCCAAAUGUGUGAUAAAUAUACUUAACAAACACUUCAGGUUUUGAUUUGCUCCCUAGCAUGUACAAAGUACAAACCAUUACAUUGAUUUUCUGAUACAUGCAUAUGCUUUUUUCAAUGCUAUAGGUAUACAGGUUAGUUCUUAUACAAGCAAAGAGGUUGUAGUAUAGUCUAGUCAGCUUUCAGAUAUCUAGACUACAAAAUGGCAGCCGCUAAAUCAUUUAUUGAGGAAUAUACUGAACUGUUGAUGUGUCCUAUAUGUCUAGACACAGUGAAGACACCAAAGUCUCUAAAAUGCCUACAUUCAUUCUGCGAAGGAUGCUUAGAUGAAUGGAUUCAGGCUGAAAAGGACAGCAGAAAAAAGACCUAUCCAUGUCCAGUAUGUAAAUGUGAAGCAGGUAUUCCAAAUGGAGGUGCCACCUCAUAUAGGACUAACUUCACCAUGAAGUCAAUGGCUGAAGCCCUGGAGAGAACCAAGAAACAAUUAGGUAAAUCUAGCAUAAACUGUGACAUUUGUGCACAAGGUAAACAAAAUACAUGUGCUGUAGCUAGAUGUAUCGAAUGUGCUGAGUAUUUAUGUGACGCUUGUGACAAAUAUCACGGCAGAAUAAAAUUAUUGAAAUCUCACAAGCGUGUUAAAUUGACUGGAGAUCCUGAGUUAGACUCCAAGAUUGCAAUAGACAGUUUGGUUCAGAGAAAUAUUGAUUGUCCUGAGCACAACGACCAACCUUUAAAGUUCUACUGCAAGAAAGAUAAAACCAUUGUGUGCAGAGACUGCUGUAUUACUGAUCAUUCAGGACAUUCAUGUGUGAAAAUUGAAGAUGUGGCAAAGGAGGAACUCCGCAAUGUAUCUGCUUUGAUGGGACUAGCCAUCCAAAGGAAAGAUAUACUUGAAAAGCAACUUAGAAACUCUGAUACUUUGAAAGACACCCAGGGGAAAAAGCUACAGAAACUUCUCAGUUCAAUAAAAUCAGAUCGCAGAGCUAUGCAAAGCGAACUUGACAAGUACUUUAAUAAACUAGAAAGGGAUGCUAAAGAGGUGCACAAUACCACUGUCAAACAGACCGAAUCUCAAAUAAGUGAUAUAGAGCUACAGAAGGGUGUCAUUGAGAGUACAUUACUUCACCUGAACUCUCUGCAAAAACAUGGACAUCCUGUGGAAAUAGUUAACUCAAGUGCUGAUAUCAAACAAACACUACAACAUUGGAGUUCAAUGGCUUCAUGUGUGGACAUUGAACCUUAUGACAAAUCUCUUGACAUUGGUACAUACAUACCUGGCCACUUGGAUGUAUCUAAACUAGGACAAGUUCUCACAUCUACUGAUAAGACACAUGUUAUUGUUUCAGCGACAUCUUUACAUAGCAAGGAAAGUCCAAAACUAUGUACCCCUCACUUACACAGAACUGAACAUUUGGUAGAUAAGAAGGGUGAAUCCUGUGCCAUACAGGAUAUUUGUGUGAAUGAUAAUCAAAAUAUAUUAGUAGUAGAACUUCCUGAGGAACAGAAAAGACUUGUGACUUAUGUUAACAGUCCUAGAACAUUGAAUGAAAAGUCAACAAAGGAAAUCAACUCAAUUGGAGUGUGUACUGCCAAAGACAAUUGCUAUGCUGUAUGUGAUUAUACAAACAAAUGUGUGGCUAUUUAUAAUGAAAACUUGGUGCACCAGAGAAACAUUGGCAAAUUCCAAAGUCCACGAGGUUUAAGUAUGAACUCUACAGGUGAGCUGCUAGUCAUUGACAAAUGUGUCUACAUUAUUGACUACAAUGAUGGAUCUAUACUGGCUACAAUAGGUGCUGGUAUAUUGGAGAACCCUUGGUGUGUCACAAGUAACAGUAGAUAUUCAGUCAUUGUAUCAGAUAAAGGAGAACAUUGUGUAAAAAUGUACAAUAGGAAUGGAGAUCUUGUGAAGAGCUAUGGUACAAAGGGAAGUGCCAAUAAUCAACUAUAUGGACCAUAUGGUGUCUGCACUGACUCACUUGACAACAUCAUCAUAGCUGACAAUGGUAACAAUAGAAUUCACUUGUUGGAUCCCACUGGGAAGUUUAUCAAGUAUCUCCUGACCCCUGAGGACAAUGCAGGGCUCCCAGUUGCACUUGCCAUUGAUCACAAUGGUGACCUAUUGGUGGGCACUGAUAGUGGUGAUCUCCAUUUCACAAAAUACAUGGCUUAUCAGUAACAGCAAGGACAUAGUUCAAAUAAAUGACAAUAAAUCAGAUAAAGUAAGAUUAAAAUGUCAUGAACCAACUGCAUUUCAUUUAUAUAUUUCCUCUACAAUUGCCUUGUAAUUUGUAAUAAGCAGAGAUGUAAUGCAUUCUGGUUAUAUCUAUCAAAAGUAAUAAAUUUAUGAAUAUAAAACUGGGAAAAAAUUGUCUAUACAUACUUUUUUCUUAUUUAAGUUUCACCUGUAGAGUAUUUUAAAGAAGGUCAUAUACACACUGGGAAUUUAAAAUUAUCAUAUAUAUAUGUUGCAUUCCGAUUCUUUUUCUAUGGCCUCAUUUCAAACCUUUCAACCUAGAAAAGGUGAUAGGGACAACUUUAUUCCGAUUUACUAGAUACUGAUGAUAUCCUUAUCAAUUCCUUAGGAAAAUAGUAUACUUCCUCAAAGAAAGAUAAAAUCCAUAAUUUUAUUUUGAAACAUUCGUGUGGUUUAAUGUAGGUAUUUUGCAAUAAUAAAUAUUUAAAAAUCUCUUUUGCAUAGCCUAUA